AUGGCAAACAAUCAGGAACUCAAGCCUCUACACGAUACCCUAUUCUCCGAAGGCCUUCAGGUCCGCCGCGCGGUUGUCGGAGACGAAUACGUCGAUAGAGCCAUAAAGAAUGGAUCCAGCGAGUUUGCGUACCCCAGUCAGGAGCUGGUGACGGAAUGGUGCUGGGGACAUGUCUGGACGAGGCCUGGCCUUGAGAGGAAGCAGAGAAGUCUUCUCAAUAUAGGCAUGCUGAUUGCAUUGAAAUCGUGGCCGGAAUUAGGCAUUCACACCCGAGGCGCAAUAAAUAACGGUUUGACCGAGAAAGAGAUUAGUGAGGCUGUGCUGCAGGCGACUAUCUACUGCGGUGUGCCGGCUGGGGUUGAGGCGAUGAAGGUGACGGAAAAGGCUAUAUUGGACAUGAUAGAGAAGGGGGAAUAUAAACGCUCAUGA